GUCUGUGGCAGAUGUCAGUGUCAGAUCAGAUGUGGUUGAUGGUUGUGCGAAUUUUCGUUUUGGUAAUUUGGCAAAUAUAGUGAUUCAAGUAAUUUGUUUCAUGAGUACAUAAGUUUUCGUUAAAUGUCGUGACAGUGCAAUAAAAUGCAGUUCUACAAGGAAAGGAUUUUAAACGCUGCACAGUUAAAAAGAUUAAGUGAACAUAAAUAUUCGUGUACCAGUGCUAGUAUAUUGGACGCAUGGCUUCAACCUUGGUGGUGCUGGCUGGUGUCUAAAACGCCGCUAUGGCUCGCUCCGAAUCUCAUUACAAUUUUAGGUCUAAUUAUAAAUGUAGUGACAACAUUAAUUUUAGUUUGGUACAGUCCGGACGCCCGUCAGGAUGUCCCGCGGUGGGCGUGCGCAGCGUGUGCUCUGGGAGUGUUUGUGUACCAGAGUCUGGAUGCUAUUGACGGCAAGCAGGCUCGCCGCACCGGCAGCCAGUCACCGCUUGGGGAACUCUUCGACCACGGCUGUGAUAGUAUUUCAACAGUAUUCAUAGCGCUUGGUGCUUGCAUCGCUGUUAAACUCGGCGAGUAUCCGACAUGGAUGUUCUUCCAGUGUUUCUGUGCAAUGACUCUGUUCUACUGCGCGCACUGGCAGGCGUAUGUGACAGGCACGCUGAAGAUGGGGCGCGUCGACGUCACAGAGGCACAAUAUGCCAUCAUGGCCAUACAGCUCAUCUCCGCCACCCUCGGCCCUGACUUCUGGGCCACCAAGGUGGGCGGGCUGGAAAUGCGGUACUCGCUGGCCGGCGUGGCUGUGCUGGGCACGGCGCUCACCCUGGGCAGCUUGGCCACGGCCAUACUGGCCGGAGGCGUCGGCAAGAACGGCUCCACGGUUGCACUCCCGACCGUCGACCUCAGCAUUAACUUGGUGUCCAACUACGCGGUCGUGUUAAUGACCUUAUCUCUCGUGUUCGGCUACGUUAAGGUCAUAAUGAGAGGCGGCGUGGGGAAGAACGGCUCCACAGUCGCAGGCACCAGCAUCCUGUCUCCGGUGAUCCCCUUCUCGCUGGUGGUGGUGCCGGCCUUCAUCAUCUUCCAGAAGAGCGAGUCCCACGUGUAUGAGAACCAUCCUUCUCUCUACAUACUGGCGUUCGGUAUGGUCGCCGCUAAAGUCACGAACAGACUUGUGGUGGCGCACAUGACGAAGAGCGAGAUGGAGUAUUACGACUGGUCGCUAUAUCGAGUUAUCAAAUAUCAACCACCCAGAACAGCGGAUAUUGGACACUCAGCGCGGCUAUGGACUACGCUACCUUUGGUAUCGCGCGAGGAAAUGGCGGAGAAUGGCGAUUUCAUUACGUCUACCAUCAUAAAUAAAACGACUGCGCCCAGCCACGCUAGCCGGCUAAGCAACAUCGUGCCAUAUAAAUAG